UUCAAUAGUAGUGUUUAUAGUCAUACAUGUAUAAGUCUAGAAAUUUUAGCCAAAUAAGUGACUCAAAAAACCUGGGUCGACUUUAUCCAUGGAUCAAUAUAAAUACUGUACUUUAAUUCUUAUCAAAAAAGGAAACCCGGUGGAAGGAGACAUCUUAAUCUCUUCUGGGAAAACCUAAAAGAAGCAUCGACCCUCUCUACUAUCUCAUCCAUCCAACCUUUAAGUUCCUCCGAGUGGAAAGGAGUGUCAUUCUGGCUCCGACUGAGCAAAGAGAAUUAGCACAGAGACAUCAAUCCAGGGGCUGACGGACUGGACCAAGACAGAUUUCCCAAUGGUGCUCCGAAUCCCUCUGCGCAGAAGUGCCAGCUUCACCCCAGACCACCAGACUGUGGCUGAGGCACCCACUCCUCCGCCGCUGAAGAUGGAAGCCAACGUGGUGGUACUUGGAGCAGACCGUGUGGGGAAAUCCGCUUUAACUGUGCGCUUUCUAACCAGGAGGUUCAUUGGGGAAUAUGGAGAUAUGGAGUCUAUCUACACCCACACUUUGGCAAUGGAAGGCAGAGAGAUCCUCUUCCACAUCUGGGACUUUCCUUGCUCACAGGAGCGGGUGGAGGAGAGCUCCUCUGAGGAUAAGCGUAUCCAGUGGGCCGAUGGCUUUGUCCUGGUUUAUAGCAUCUGUGACCGAGCCAGCUUCAACAGUGUCCAGCCCAAGAUUCAAGUCAUCAAGGCAGCUAAGGAAGGGCCAAGCCAGGAGAAAGUGCCCAUUGUCAUUGUGGGUAACAAGAGGGACCUCCACCAUCGGCGAGCAGUUUCCAGCGAGGAAGGCCGCCUCCUUGCCCUCUCUAUGGACUGUGAGUUCUAUGAAGUGUCUGCUGCAGAGGCCUAUCAUGGGGCUGUCAUGGUCUUUCAUGGCCUGGCGGAACGCAUCUGUGAAGCCAAGCUGGCUCUCAAGAAAGGCAAUGGGAUCCGCAGCAUUGUCAAGAGCGUCUCUGCUGUGUUUGCCCGGAAAAGGACAGACUCAAUGUGAACUGAGCCAGGAAUCUGAGAAUGCAAUGACAUUUGGCUUCCUUCUCACACAGAUUGUGGUUUCUCUCUGUGUAAAAUGAGCUGCCUCUUUAUCCUAGUAACCCCAUAACCAAAAACAGGAGGCUGUAGGGCCAGCCCAGUCCAAGAGGCACUACUACAGACGACAGCUUGGUGUGUCAAAAUUCCCUGGCAAGAGGAUACACAAUUAAUCCUGCUUCCCCACACCAGAACCUUGAUGUGACACAAUUCAUGUCAGGGGGCAUUUAACAUCUUUCCUGAGGCCUCCUGGAAAUUUCUCUGGCUAAGCUAAAGGUCUGAUUUGGGUCUCCCAUGUAGCACAGUAGCCUAGACACUUUAACACAUUGGUUUUUGUAUGGGGUUGGAUCUCUGUUCCAAACAGGCUGAACACCCUCAUUCCAUCCCAUAUGUAGAUAAUAAUGCCAUUCGAUGAAAGGUUUUACAUAUGUAAUUGUUAGCCUGGAGUUUGCAACACCAUGGAAGUUACCUUAUACUGAGUCAUCUGUGGUCUACCUGACCUAGUAUCCAUUAUCGUGAUGGCAGGAGCUAUCGAGAGGCCAGAUCCCACCCCAGCAAUACUACCUGAGAUCCUUUGGCUCAGGGAUGGGCAAUACCUGCAGCUAGUGCUGGAUUCAUGCACAAGCUAAGUAAGGGGCAUUCUCAACCUGAGGCUGAGAGUCCAUGACUUGCCCAGAUAUCUAAAGCCCCCAUUAGCAAAAAAAGGGAGACAAGAAGUAAAGUGUCAUAGGUAUCACUGUUAUUUAUAACACAUUAUAUCAAGUUCUAUAUCCUGUCUCCCUUAAGCACACUGGACUGACUGUGCCAGGCUGUGCUCACCCUAUAGGUGCUUGAAUCUAUCUCCCUUCUUAGUAUUAGCAGGUUAGAUGAGGCUUGUCAUCAACUGUAUCUUUCCGCUGAGAAUAAGAUUCAUUUCCAAAUUCUCCUCCAGCUUCCUGUUCUGUCUCCUUUGCUUGAGACUUGGCUAGUCAUUGCCCGUUCUGUAGCAGUGUGGGUAGGCUCCUGGAACUUGGUGUCCUCCUCACAAGUCUUUCCCUCCCUCCUGAUCUGUUCACUGACAGCAUGGCAGUUGCUGUUGUGAAUUGAUGUACAGCACACGCCCAGGCAAAUGGAGGCAUGGCUUCUUUCCAGGACCUUGUGUGGGUGCGGUAGAUCUUAAAUAAUCUGGUCCUGGUAGAAGCUGCAGCUUGUCUCCAGCUGGAAAAUUUUGCUUCAGGCCCCUGACGGUUGAUGAAAAGCAUAAGAAAUGGAUAGGAAUUGGCUUCUCAGCAGAAGUUCUCCUUCUCUCUCAUUUCCAGGGCUGGUCCAACCAUAAGACAGACAGAAACAACUGGCUCAGGUGGCAGAUUCUGAGGGUACAGCACUGGUAGCCAUUCAUUCCUGAGUACCUCCCGAACCUUCUGUCUGCUCUCCCUCCCCUAAAACUAGUCUCUUAAAAGCUCUGUCCUGUUGGUAGUGUUUUAAUAAAAUCCAGUUGUUUGCCCAGUUAGCAUCUGUAUGUGAAAUUGGGAAGGAGGGUAUCUUGUUCUUUGCCUUAAGCAGCAAAAUGUCCUAGGUCAGAGGUCUGGCACCAAGUGAUUUUUCAGGAGGAGAGAAAGGUAUUCUGUAUGUGUUGAGCGCAAUUCUUCCUAACAAGCCUGUAGAUGCAAAGAAACAGGUUUCUGUUUAACACAGUAACAUAAAGGUAGCUUUCAAAAUCUAUUCUGGGACCCAGACCAAUAAGAUAACCUGACAUAGAAAGAAAAGCACUAAAGCUGAUGGUUGAAUUUAUUCCCUUUGAAAAGUGAUGCAGUGGACAUAAAUUUAAGAAUGAAAUUGUUAAUAUUUCAACAGAGAUUAAUGGAAAGCUGUGCAGUUAGCUAGGAAGAACCAAUUGCACCAUUAGAGGAUGGAGGCAGUCACUGUAAUUUUCAACUUAACCUCUUUCACAAGGAGAGGAGAAUCUCAAGAAGGAAAAAGGUAUAAAAGUGUUAAGUGAUAACAAUAAUAAGUGAUGUAGACAAAAUGUGUAGAACAAUGUUCAUCCUCCUUCCUGUCAAUACUAGAACUCAAAAGCUUUUUGCCCAAAACUAAGAGCAUGCACAUGUGAAAUGAAACAGCCUAUUGAAACAGGUUAGGCUUGCACAAGUAAACAAAAACAUUUUCAGCCUACUAGAGUCCAUUUGAAAGCUUCUUCCAAAAUGCAUCCAGUGACAUUUUUUUCUUUACUCAAUCUGCAUCUUUCUUAUGAUUUCCAUUUUGGUAACUAAGCUUAUAAAUCUGUGCUCUUUAAAAAAAAGAUAACAUUCUGAAGGGACCAGUAAGGCAGGCUUAUCUAUUCUCUUCCUUUUGCAUGCCAUGCAUGUAGAGUAAGGGAUACUGGAGGCAGCUGCUGUUUACCUUGCCUGUUAUAAACAGGCACAGCUACAAUAUGAUUUCUACCUUGAGCUUCAUUGCUUUCUUUGCUGCAGGCAUGCUGCUGCACCCUAACACUGAAAACCCGUGUUUCUCCAGCCCUCUUAUAUCAGUUUUUAGCUGAUGUUACUAAAAACCUUCCAGCUAUACAGCUGAUGAGGAAAGUGGGGGGGAAGACAUAAAUAGACUUUGCAGAAAAAACGAAAGAGAGAGAGCUUGCUUGUCAAAGGCUUUGUUAAGUGAAGUAUACUUAGGAAAACUGCAAGGUUUGCAGAAGUGUAAACCAUCUCUUUUUUGGGGGGGAAAGAGGUUUAAAUGGGAGGAAACCCCAAAACAAUCCGGUGAGAACUUAGCAUGUGCAGUGAUCACCCAUUGUGUCAAAGAAAUGGCAAAACUGGGCAGAAGAGGAAUGGAACAGAGAUUUUCUUUGAUAGCUCUCACUAAUACAUUACACAGUUAAGUCUCAGCAUUGAAAACAUGUCCCUGGGCUGAAUCACAGCAGGAAACAAUCAUUCCUCAAAUCCAGCUCAUUUUCUGAUGGUGGGUGGGUGCAGACAUGCUCAUAUUUCUUUACUUAUGAUGCGGAUCUUGCUGUGCUGUAUCCUUACAGAUGUAAGUGCAAAGUAUAUAAAUAAAAUCAUUGUUACUGGAUUCAAGAAUAAACUAUGCUGGCACUUUACGUUCCGUAACAAGGAAUAAAGUCAAGACAUACCAUACCCAUUCAGAACUGUUCAGUUUCAGCUUUUGUUCACAGGAAGAGAGAAAACAGAGGGGAACUAGGUCAGCCGUCAAAUGAUCCAUACUUACAGAGGCUGGCAG